CCGUCGCGGGAUCGCCCUGGAAACGCAUUCUCCGGGAACCCGCGUCCGCCAAUGGGGAGGCACCGAGUGCCACGAAUAGGCCAAUCGGGAGGGAGCGGCUCGGGGUUUAAACCCGCGACGGCCCGGCUCCUCCCGGCGUGCUGCGGAGGAACGGCUGUUGGCCCUGGGGGCUUCAGGCCGUCGGCUGGUCGGGCCUCCGGUGUUCUGCUUCGCCCCGCCGAGCUGUUGCCUCGGGAAGAGGAAGCCAUGGCGCUCCGGGUCACCAGGAACACGAAAAUCAAUGCUGAAAAUAAGGCGCAGGUCAAUAUGGCAGGCGCAAAGCGUGUGCCCAUGGCGGCGGCUGCAGCCUCCAAGCCGGGGCUGAGGCCAAGGACAGCUCUUGGAGACAUUGGCAACAAAGUCAGUGAACAGCUACCGGCCAAAAUGCCUCUGAAGAAGGAAGUAAAAACUUCGGCUACUGGAAAAGUUAUGGCUAAAAAACUACCAAAGCCUCUGGAGAAGCUGCCGGUGUCGGUGCCGGUGCCGGUGCCCGAGCCCGAGCCAGAGCCAGAGCCUGAGCCAGAAUCUGAGCCUGUUAAAGAAGAAAAGCUUUCACCUGAGCCUAUUCUGGUUGAUACUCCUUCUCCAAGCCCAAUGGAAACAUCUGGAUGUGCCCCUGCAGAAGAGUAUCUGUGUCAGGCUUUCUCAGAUGUAAUUCUUGCAGUGAGUGAUGUGGAUGCAGAAGAUGGAGCUGAUCCAAACCUUUGCAGUGAAUAUGUGAAAGAUAUUUAUGCUUAUCUGAGACAGCUUGAGGAAGAGCAAUCAGUCAGACCAAAAUACCUACUGGGUCAGGAAGUCACUGGAAACAUGAGAGCCAUCCUAAUUGACUGGCUAGUUCAGGUUCAAAUGAAAUUCAGGUUGCUGCAGGAGACCAUGUACAUGACUGUUUCCGUUAUUGAUCGCUUCAUGCAGAAUAAUCGUGUGCCCAAGAAGAUGCUGCAGCUGGUUGGUAUCACUGCCAUGUUUAUUGCAAGCAAAUAUGAAGAAAUGUAUCCUCCAGAAAUUGGUGACUUUGCUUUCGUGACUGACAACACUUACACUAAGCACCAAAUCAGACAGAUGGAAGUGAAGAUUCUAAAAGCUUUAAACUUUGGUCUGGGUCGGCCUCUACCCCUACACUUCCUUCGGAGAGCAUCUAAGAUUGGAGAGGUUGAUGUCGAGCAACAUACUUUGGCCAAAUACCUGAUGGAACUGACUAUGUUGGACUAUGAUAUGGUGCACUUUCCUCCUUCUCAAGUUGCAGCGGGAGCUUUUUGCUUAGCACUGAAAAUUCUGGAUAAUGGUGAAUGGACCCCAACUCUACAGCAUUACCUGACAUACACCGAAGAAUCCCUUCUUCCUGUUAUGCAGCAUCUGGCCAAGAAUAUAGUCAUGGUAAAUCGUGGACUUACAAAGCACGUGACUAUCAAGAACAAGUAUGCCACAUCUAAGCAUGCUAAGAUCAGCACUCUAGCACAGCUGAACUCUGCAGUAGUUCACGAGUUGGCCAAGGCUGUGGCAAAGGUGUAACGUGUAAACUUGAUUUGGAGUAUUAUAUCUGCAAAUAAAAUGGGCACCAUGUGCCGUCUGUACAUAAUAAUGUUGCAUUAACUCACUUUUAAUAAAGUCUCUAGUCCUUUUUA